AUAAAAGCCUAAACAUAUUUGGAUUUUAUUCAUUCUUAUUUGGUUCAACGAAUAGUUUAACAAUGAAAUUCACUUUGGUUCUAUUGCUUGUUGCUGCUUUUGUUGGUUGCGCUCUGAGUUGGAGUUGCACCGAUGCUUCUUGGGCAGAAUACAAGGCAACUUACAAUAAGAACUACCCUGAUCCCGCUGAAGACCUCCGUCAUCACGAUAUCUAUUGUGAAAAAUUGGCAGCAAUUGAAGAACACAACGCUAAAUACCAAAAGGGAGAAGUAACAUGGGAAAUGGGAGUCAAUCAAUUCACUGACAUGAGUUCAGAGGACAUUGCUGGAUGGAUGCGUUAA